AAUGUCGGUUCAACGACCGGAUACUGACACACGAAACUUCCUGUAGUGGCUGUAGUAGCAAUUGGCAAUUCUGCAUCAUUGUUUUUCUUGAAGAACUCAUGGCUUUUUUUCAGAAUUUUAUGCCAGAAAAUCAAUGAAAAAUGUUGUCAAGGCGACAAUUAUGUCUCACUUUCGCGCAUAAAUGGAUUCGAAAACGAAAUAGCAAUCUUCCACGGCGACUUCUCUCGUCCGAGAAUCAAAAAGAUGUGAAAGUACGAGAGAGAUGGAAAUCCACCGUGGGUUUGGAGGUCCACGCUCAGAUUGCCACGGAAUCGAAAUUGUUUUCCAGCGCGUCCACCGAUUUCGCCAGGCCGGUUAACUCGUGCGUCUCGCUCUUCGAUUGCGCCACACCGGGAACGCUACCUGUGCUGAACAGAAGAUGCGUGGAAUCGGCGGUGUUGACCGCCCUGGCGCUGUCCUGCCGAUUGAACGAGACUUCCCUGUUCGAGAGGAAACACUACUUCUACGCGGACUUGCCUGCGGGGUUUCAAAUCACUCAACAAGGACAACCUAUCGCGGUCAAUGGCGAAAUUAAGUUUCACGUGUUCACUCCGGGGCUGCAUAAGUCUCCGUACCUGAAAUCUUCCAAGAUCAAGCAGAUCCAGUUGGAGCAGGACAGUGGCAGAAGUUUGCACGACGAGAAUGCGGCAAGAAGCCUGAUUGACCUCAAUCGUGCCGGAAUACCCUUGAUGGAAUUCGUGUUUGAGCCAGACUUGGUCGAUGGUGAGGAAGCGGCCGCGCUUGUGAAGGAGCUUGCAUUUACAUUGCAGUUACUGGGUGUCUGUAGCGGCAAAAUGGAAGAGGGAGCACUUCGCGUGGAUGCCAACGUUUCUGUAAGCAACCGGGACAGUUUAGGCGUUCGGACGGAAAUAAAGAAUAUCGGAAGCGUGCGCGGUGUCGCUGCGGCUGUUCAGUAUGAAAUAAAUCGGCAUAUUUCUAUCCUCGAGGCCGGUGACGAGAUGUUCAAUGAGACUCGCGCAUGGGACACGGUGAACAAAAGAACUAUUCCUAUGCGUGAAAAAGAAGACAAAGAAGAUUACCGAUUUAUGCCUGAAACAAACUUGCCACCUUUAUGCAUACAUGUUAGAGAAGAUUUACCAAAUAAAAGCAAUUUAGUCGAUGCUGUGGUACUGAGAAGACAACUACCCGAGUUGCCAGAACAGAUACGUCAGAGACUAAAGGACAGUCUUCAGUUAUCUUCUGAAAUAAUCAUAGCUUUAAUGAGUGAUUUCGCAUUAUUACAAUUAUUUAAUGGAAUAAUUAAAAAAAAAGAGAAUCGCGAGCCAAAAUUGGUCGCCAAGUUUCUCGUCAUGGAUCUGCUGACUUUUCUCUAUAAAAAUAAACUAACGAUUGAAUUUGGUAUACAACACGAGGAUUUUAUUGGUCAAUUGACUGAUUUAUUAGAAAAUAAAUUAAUUAACUUAAUAACGGCAAAAAAAGUUUUGAAAGAAUUAACAGCUAAUUCAAAUAAAUCACCAAAAGAGAUCGCUGAAGAGCACAAUUGGUUCCUUAUAUCAGACGAGAAGCAAUUAGAACAGAUAUGUUUAGAAAUUAUAGAGAAAAAUCCCAAACUUGUAUCAGGAUAUAAAAAUGGCAAGAAGAAGUUAUUUAAAGUAUUAAUGGGAGAAAUGGCAAAGGUUACGGAAGAACGUGCAGAUUUGGCUAUGGUUGCAAAAAUUAUGGAACGAUUACUGAAAUCAUGAAAUGGAGACUACAAUAAAUUAUAAAUUUAUUAAUGAUAUUGUGUGAUAUGAUAUACUGUAAAUAAAACAUUCAAAUUUGAUUAAUUAAAAGUAAUUUUAUUAAUUACUUACCUUCUACUGUAUAUGAUAUUGCUGAUUAAUCACAUUAUAUUAUAUAAGAAUCUUUAUCAACAUAAAUAUUAAAAAAAAAAUGUAUUACGUAUAUAUAAAA